UUAAUUUGAAAGGUCAAAAACAAUUGGAUAGUGUAGGGGGGCACUGUUUAACGUAGCCAAGUGGACAUAUUAUAGUUCUAUAAAAAACUUGAACCAAAUCCACAAGAAUUUCAACAAAAAAUGAACUUUUUUAGUUGAAUUAUUAGAAGAAACUUUAUCCCAGAAUUCUACACGACAACUUAAACAUUUUCUUGAUUUUAGUUGAAGCCUUUUCUCCAUGACGAUUCACAUAGCCGACUUCAACUUUCUUGGAAUCAAGGCGUAACUCUAACUUUCUUGGAAUCGAGUCAUAAUUCCAAAUUUUUUAGAUUGAGGCGUAAUUAUUAUUAUAUUGAUUUCUUUGUGAAAUUUGUGAGAUUAAAGAGCAGCCCAAAAAAAAAAAGUAGACAAAUGGAUUUGAUUUUGCAUGAAGAGGAAGGUAUUCUGGUGCCACCUAUAAAUUUCUCAGCAGUGGAAGAUAGUAGCAUUUACAGAUCUGGAUUUCCUCAGCCCUCCAAUUUCCCAUUUUUGCAGUCACUCAAUUUGAGCUCUAUCAUAUGUUUGUGUCCAGAGCCUUAUCCUGAAGAGAAUUUGGAGUUUCUUAGAUUUAACAAUGUAAAGCUUUUUCAAUUUGGAAUGGAUGGCACUAAGGAGCCAUCAGCUAUGUCGAGAAGUGCUAUAACAGAGGCUUUGAAAGUGCUAACUGAUGUUAGAAAUCAUCCGGUUCUUAUCCACUGCAAGCGCGGAAAGCAUCGAACUGGUCGUAUUGUUGGUUGCCUAAGGAAAUGGCAGAGUUGGUGUCUGUCUUCCGUGAUGGACGAGUACAAGCAUUUUGCUGGCGCGAAAUGGAGGGAAACAGACGUGAGAUUUCUCGAGACUUAUGAUGUUUCGUGCGUCAGGCAUUGCCUUGAGAGCAUUAUCUACACGUACUAUGGUUCAACAAAAAGGCGCUUGCUAUAUAUAGAAGAAAUUCUGCAGAAGCCUCAGUUGACUUCUGUUCUGUAGAGGGAUUAUCCGUCCUUUUAUUUUUUGGCAGGGAUUGGAUAUUCUUUUGUUCGUUCAAUUGUAAAAAUCCGUUCCAUAUGUCAUCUAAGUGAAAAGUUCUGUUAGGUUCUUAGUUAAGCUUCAUUGUAUUUUUUACAAUACUUUGGAUCUAUCUAUACCAAACUUUGUUUGACAAAUAACUUAAUUGACAGUACUUAUUCUUCCU